CAAUGAGAAAAAAUCAAGUGUCAUAUCAAUAGGAAAAGCAAGCAGCGCAUAAAAAGAAAAUUUCAGCUCCAAUUGUAAUAAAAAUUUCUUGCCCAACAAUUAAUUCAAAGUAUUAGAAUUGAAAGAAAUUUAUAAGUGUGAAUUGGAGCUACAUAUUUAGCUAAAAAAGCCAUUAUUAUAUAUAAGCGCUUCUUAUGAAUAUAACUCGAGGGUAAGCACGUUCCAGCAGAGCCGUAUUGAAAAAGUUUCGCUUUUUGCCGACGACGAAGUUCAAGUCGUCGACGUCCCUCCCAGAAAAAAAGUAAUCUCAGUAAAAGGAGGAACUCUCAAAGCCAAAGGGUUGGUUUUCAAUUGAAAUUGCCAAGAUAACUUGGUUAAAAUUUUGGUUGGAACUAACCAAAAUAGCGGCAUAUCGUUAACCAACGGAGUAUUGGGGGAAUCUGAAAAAAAUUUGUAGACGUUUAUUGCGGCGGCACAACGAAGACGAAGAGGAAAAAAAUUGGGCGAAAACUUUGCAUUGAUGGUAAUGCAUGCUAGAAAACCGCAACGUGUGAACGAUGGCUACUUUGAGAAGCAUCAGUCUCAUUCGUAUCAGCAAAUCAUCUCAGCAUACAAUAUGAAAGUCCUCCUUCGUUGUAAUCACUAACAAAAACACUAUGCACAUAAUAAUUAAUAAUCAAGGAUAAAAAGUAAAAAAAGAUAAUACUAAAAAAAAUACAACUUGUAUUUUUCGCGUCUAAAACGCCAAAAAUGUCUAGAAAAAGAAAUGCAACCAAUUGUAAGUCUGUAUCAUCUACGAAUCCUACAACAUAACAAACCGACAAAUAACCUCUCUCACAAUUGUGUGUUCCAUUAACUCAAGGCAACUCAUUUCGCUUCGCGUUAGUCAAGUAAUAAAACACAAAAAAUUGAAAACUAACAAAGGAAAAAAUACACCAUUAUUUAAAUAUAUGUAAAUCGUUAACAUCAUUUUAAAGUGCAAAGUUGAAAAUUGUUUUUAGACAGCAAAAAAUGGAAACUUAAUUGUUGCAUCAUCGCUAUUGAAAGAAUUAAAAUUACAAUAUAAAAAAAAUAAAACGUUUUAAGUGUAUAUAAAUCACUAUCAUCUUAGUGUCAGCUCUGCGAGACGCUUCCAACGAUUCCUGAAGCGUUCUGUUAGUACUCACUCGUGAGAUUCCACAGUUUAUGACUACCACAAAUAGUAUCACAAUAGAUUUACCAUUGGCACCCGGCUGUAACAAAAAUGCUGCUGUCGGUCUGUGUCGCGUAGAUGAUAGUUCCAAGUACAGUUCAAAACGCGAUUAUGAACGCGAUCGCUCAUCAAACUAUCGCGAUCGCGAUCUGUCGCCAGCUGGCGGUGGUCCAUUGAAUAAUGUUUCGCAAAGAUUAUCGCAAACUGCUAUGAAUAAUGGUAACAGCGCAUCGUAUCGCUCACAAUCACCUGAAGUAGAUUCACCAUCGUCAAGAGGGCACGGUUCGCACGAUAUACGCGAUCGUGAUCAUCGUGGAAGCGAUCGUUUCAGCUAUAUGCAAAAAAUGAGGGAUCGUGAUCGCGAUGUCUAUAAAAAGGAUAAAUAUUCUACAGAUAAACGCGAUAGACGUGGCGGUGGCAGUGGUGGUGGUAACGAUCGUGAUUCAGAAUCGCAUCGCACCAAUCAUGAUAGGUUGGAUCGUCGCGGCGGUGGCAGCGGUAGUGGAAGUGGAGCAAAGCUUUGUUCUUCCAGUAGCGGCGACAAGCGUUCCGGCUCGACAGAUCGUGACCGAGAUCGCGAUCGUGAUCGUGGCGAUUUAAGAGACAGUAAACGUGAGCGUGGCUCCGAACGAGAUCGCGAUAGAGAACGUGACCGCGAUAGGGAUCGUGAUAGAGAUCGCAGUGAUCGUGGUGGAGGCGGUGGCGAUCGUGAACGUGAUCGAGGAGGUGGUGGAGGCAGUGGUGGCGGUGAACGCAGCGAUCGGGGCGAACGUGUGGCACGAUGUGGCGAUUGGAGUGAACAUGUCAGUUCAUCUGGAAAAAUGUAUUAUUACAACUGCAAAACUGAAAUCUCACAAUGGGAGAAACCAAAGGAAUGGAUUGAACGAGAACGAACUCUGGCACGCGAUCAACAUAGGGAAAAAGAUUAUCGGGACAAAGACCGCGAUAGAGAUCGUGAGGAUCGUUUUUGUAGAUCAGCUUACGCGAAACAUUCCAGUUCUCGAGGAAACUCACGGCUGAGGUGGAAUUAUGAAAACGAUGGCGGACCGCCAAGUCAUCGAAGGCGUUUGGAUGGUCGCAUCGCUGAAAAUCCCGAUAUGGACAUAAGUCCCGGUGACUCCACGCCAACAUCGGAGGCUAGCUAUCCGCUGACCGGCGCGCCCACAGUUCAUGGUCUGGUGAAUGUGCAACACAAUGACCUAUCAAUUCCAACAUCAACUGUUGGCCUGCCGAAUGCAUUACCGCGUUUAGCUUCGCAUCCUAACGCCAGCACUGUUAUGUCAUCCUCCUCCUCCGCGUCCGCUUCUGCUGCAGCGGCCAAUGCAGCAGCCGCUUCAAUGCAUUUCUCCGCGUCAUCCGCGUCAGCGCAUGGUUCGGGUGUUGUUGUGGGCGGAGCAACAAUGUUGCCCGCCACUGGACUCGCCUCUGUGCCAUCGAGUACAGGUGUACCAGUGAUGGUUGCUGGUGUGCUGCAGACACAAAAUAAUAGUAAUCAUCGAAAAAUGGAUCCAGUGACAAUGCUGCAACAGCAAGCGCAUUUAGCGUCAACAACAUCGCCAAAUGUGGAUCAUCAUUUGAACUCGAAUGCACCGGGACCUCCGAAAUUGGGUACAAAGGAGCAACAGGAAAUGAUGAUGAGCUCGCAACAGAAGGCGUUAUUAAUGCGACAGCAGCAACAACAGGCGGCGUUACAUCAUCAUCACCAACUUUCACAACAUGGUGGCAACGAGGCGGUACAUAUGAUGUCCAAUACCGGCACUUCCAUGGAUGUUACCAAUCAUGCGGCCUCAUCAGCGGUGAUAGUUCUAAGAGAUAAUUCGGUGAACUCGCCACACUACAAUUUAGCCCAUACACAUGGCAUGUCGCCAAUGGGCUACAAUACAAAGAGUCCUAUCACGGGUGUUGGCGGCAGCGGUGGUGUUGUUCCUGUUACCGGUCACAGCAACAAUGUGGGCGGUGGAGGCAUUAAUAUGAGCGCCGGCAUAAAUGCUGGCUCAUAUGCCGCCUGUAACACACCGUACGGUUUAAAGACUGUCGAGGGUAGCAGUGGCGGUGUCAUGAACUCGAUUGGCAACAGCAACAAUAGCGUUCACUGUCCCUCAUCUAGUUUAGCGAAUGUCAGCGGAAACGCUGGCGGUAGUGGAGUUAUUGGUAUUCUGCCUGGCGAAGGACCACCAACGCCAACGCAAGAAAUGGACCUUAAUGUAGCGGCAAUGGAACAGCAACAGCGUAAACUGGAAAACACUUCAUCCGCCUCGUUGAGCACACUGCAAAGUUGCGUAACGUCCUCUGUGCAAGCCGGCCGUUCACAGGGUCCAGAGAUUUCACCGAAAUUAGCAAAGUAUUUUCGUGCUGAUUUAAUAACACAUGUCACCAAUUGGCCAGCUGAUAUUUUGGAGAAACAGGUAAUGCAAGAGGCGCAAAAGUGUUCCGAAGAAACGCAUUUGUAUGGGGAUUUACAGUGUACGAAAGUGUCGGCCGAGUUAAAAUGUGCUAGAAGCUUAGUUAGAAUAACUGAAAUCACAGCAACACUACAAGAACAAAAAAUUAUGUAUCUUCGCCAACAAAUUCGUCGAAUAGAAGAAUCAAAAUCACAAAACUCAUUUAUGUCUGAUGAUCUUUAGCCAAUAUCAAAUUUGUAUUAAAAAGAGGAAUUAAUGCUAAAAAUUCACACAUAACCACAUUCAUAAGCGAAAAUUCUCACCAAAAAACGCCUACACGCCCCAUUCAAAAAAUACAAAUAAAAACAAAAAACACAUAACGAUAGCAAUUGGCAACACUACCCUAAUAUUUACUACUAGUAAUCGAAUGAUAGUGAGUGUAGACGGCAGGUAACCAGCGUUCAAAGUAGUAGCAGCAGCAGCAACAACAGUAACAGCUGACAAAGUGAGAAUCAAGCGUGCGGUUAACAAAAUUUGAAACAGCUUAGUAUAAAUAAAAAGGAAUACAAUUAAAAUACAAACAAGAUAAAAUGAAAAUCAUAAAAACACAUAAAUAAAGCAAGUAAUACAACAGGAAAAAUCUACACAAAAAAGUAAUGAAUAAUUAUAGUAAUAUUAUGACUAGUAAUUAUAACUAUUAAUUUAAUGAUAAAUAAAAAAUAGCUAUAACAAAAUGAGUGUGCAAGCCCAUUUAAAUCAAACCUACCACACAGUUCGCUAAGGAUAUAGGAGACAAAGAUCGAAUUGUAUUUCAAUGUGCUAAUUAAGCGCUGGAAACCCAUUUUAGCUUUUAGCUGCAAGCUGCGGCGUUGGCUUUGUAUGAAUUUCAUUGCGUAAGGAAUUUCAUAACAAGUGCCACACGCAUAGGGGCAUAUUUGGGCUUGAGCAACGGCGAUGGCUUGAGUGACCACUAUAAAGGCUUUUGUUAGCGACGAUUUGAAAACUCAGCAGAUCUUUGCUUGUAUAUUGACAAAAAAUCAUUAUAACAUCAAGAAAUGCCUUUUAUACUUCAUUAGCAUACAGUUGUUUUUUGUUUGCAGUUUACAGCUAAACAGUUUUGCUAUCUUCUAAUUUAUUAUAAAUAUUAAUUUCAAGUUAAAUACUAGUUUAAUAUAAUAUAUAUUCUGUUAUAAUGAAUUUUUUUUGUAAACAUAUGCAAUAUAAUUCACACACAUGCACACACAAUACUACAUACAUACAAUAAAAUACAACAAACAGUUAACGUUGCAGGAGUAGAAGAAGACCCUGAAGCAAUUAUUACUUUUUUUAAUUUACGAUAAUAUUUUAGUUCUUUUUACUUUAUUAACAUUUAAUGAAUAUUAUAGAUUUUACGUGAUUGUGUAGAUAUAUGUAAGCAUAUGCUAUAUUCAAUAUACUUAUAUUAAUUGAUAAAAUUAUAUAUAUAUAUAACAAAAACAAAAAGAAACUGCAAAAAAUAAUCAAAAUUAAAUGUAUUUUAAUUUAUUUGUGUUUUAUUUGACUCAUUUAAAGUUAUUAUGAUUUUUUUAAGCAGUGCCUCUUAUUAUUUGUACAGUGAAACUAUAAUGGCGAUAAUACUUUUUUAAAGCAACAACAAAAUGUAAACCUGCUAAGGCAUAAAAAUAAAGAACUGUCUUUAUUAAAUAA